AUGGAGGUGGAGGCGCGCGCGUUUGAGGCGGCUCUUAACUGCUUCGCGCGCGCGCUGGCGCUGGACGCGACGGACGUCGUGGUCUGGUUCCAGAUGGGCCAGGCGGCCGUGGAGACGGGCAAGCUCUGGCUGGCGCGGCGCGCGCUGGAGGAGGGGCUCAAGGUGGACGCCACGUACUGGCCGCUGGCGCGCACGCUGGCCGAGGUGCUGCACGAGAUCGGGGACGCCGAGGCGUACGCGCGCGUGGCGGCGCAUAUCCGGGAGCACGAUCCGUUGUGUGCCUCGGUGCGGCUCAUUGACGGGCCCAAUUCAGAGACGAAGGGAACAAACAAAGACGCCAAGCUGCUGCGGCGCGCGCGCAAGCGGCUGGUCCAUUUGCAUGGCAUUGCUGAGGAGCAAACGAAGAGGAGGAAGGUGCUGGAGCAGCAGAGGACGGAGGAGUUAAAGCACAGGAUGCAGAGCAGGACGUACGAGCUGCAGCAGCCGUCCUGGAGCGCGCUGGGGAAGGUGCUGCUGGAGGCCUUCGAGGACGGCAACAGGGACGACGGUGUGGAUGUGCUGCGUGCGGCGGUGCAGAUUCAAGUCAGCUAUGAGCAGGUGGAGAUGGCGAGCGUGGAGGAGCAGAAGGAGGAGGAGAAGGAGGAGAAGCGCGGUGACGCUGGUGCUAAGGAGGAGACAGUUAGUGCGGAGAAGCAGGAUGAGGAUGACCAUCCACCUCCAGCCAAGCGCGCGAAGCACAAAGAUGUGGCUAAAGUGUCUGCAGCGUUGGAGACGUCGGUAUCGACCGGUGUGUCGGAUAACGAUACGCAAGACAGCGGCAUUCAGCUGAGCGAUUUAUUGGAGUUCCCACCGCGCAGACGAAAGUCGCGCCGUAACGAGGAACGUCUACGCGAAGAGCACGCGGCUGCAGUCAAGAAGGCGCGGGAGAAGGACCUGGCGUACAGGUUAGGAGCUUUCCUUCCGGAUGCAAUUGGAGAGGAGGAGCGGGAGUCGACGCCGGAGUCCGUCUCCAUCGAGUGGCUGCCGCCGCUGAAUAUUGAGCUAGUCGACGCGAAAUUCCGAGUUUCGAACGCGAGCAAGGAGACAGUCGCACAAGUAUCGUCGUUUGCCUUCCCGUCGUCUACGGAAGACUCUGCGGCUACAGUGGAGUCACAGUCUUCUCAAAAAUCGUCAAGGGACCGAACAUCAUCAGGAGAAUCGCCUUCGCGAGUUGAAAUUGUGUCCGGGGCCCGAAUCUCAGCAUUUGUCAGUGACAGCGGACACGCACCACCUCGUGGCGUAAUGGACUGGGUGCGGCACUACCUGAACCAAUGCGGCCGAUGGGCACACCUGAAACUUGGCAGUGAGGAUGAAAAUAUCCACACAGUUUGCACCUGGCUGGAAAAAGUACUAAAUGGUGAGCUGGAUGUUGCGAGAACGCCAAGGGGGACCACAACACAGUCUAGCAUUAUUGAUGUCGCCGAUCACUCGCUCGUCCAAGGUAGUCGCUUCGAAGGAAAUGGUCUAGCACUUGGGGCCCAACUAUUUCUGCUGGAGCUUCAUUUUGAUAUGCUUCUACAGCAGCCUGUCCGCGGUAAAAGGCGGCGAAAGAUGAAAAGGGCCGUGGAAAGUCAGCUAGCUCGGGCUCAAAAGCUUCUGUUUGAGUUCGGCUGGCUCGAGGGCUCGGAGGAGACUGCGGACUGUCCCAGUGGGAGUGAAUUUCUACGUCUGCUUUGGCUUAUCGCGCGGAUGUACGAGCGUUGCGGGAAUCCCCAGAUGGCACAGCAGUAUUUCAGCCAAUGCAGGGACAAGCUUAUUGAGCUGAUUGACGGGGAUGACAGUAAUGGUGAUGACAGUAAUGGUGAUGUUGGUGGAGCGGACGAUUUUCGAGUUGAGCUGCCGAAUCAGAAAGCUGACAACGAAAUCUCGCUGGGAAUCUUGGACGAGAAGAUCUCUGGUCUGCGGUUUUCGGAUGUAUGCUCAGAAGCCCAGCGCCUGUUUGAAGCUGGAGAUCACGAUCAGGUUGUAUCUGUAUUGUUGGGCCACUUCUUUCCGGCUAAUCAAGCGCCCCGUAUGAUGGACUUCCUAAACGAAUUUGAAGUUGACGAAGAUGAUCCAGCUGCUCGCGGUGGGAGCAGCAAAAAGCGUUUCGAAAUGGUGCUCGACUCACUGCGUCAUAGCUCAAAGUAUUCGGAUGGCGACGCGGUAUUGUUCCUGUUGACGACACUUUAUUACGUUAUUGAUUUUCUGGAUGGGUUGGUGGUGACGAAAGAGCCCGCUACCAUUGACGAUUCACCGGAUGAAGCUUGUACGAACGCCCUCGCUGCGUUGGACUUCUUGUUGACACAACUCACGCAAAACCAGUGUGAACGGAUAACUACCAGCGAUUAUUGGUUGUUACUGCGUGCAUUAUCAGUAAGAUGCCUGAAGCCGACAAUAUUGCUACGCUUUGAUUCUCCCAGCGAUGUGCUAUCAAUGCUACGAGCUGCACUAGAGAUCAACGAGCCCUCUGUUGGUGGUGAUGACAAGCUCCAAAUGAUUGGCGUGGAUGCUAUGGCUCGACUGCUGUACACUAUUCGGUCGCUAUCCAGCGAAGAGUUCCGGAACCUGUUCACGUUGGCGCCUCAUCCAGUUAAACGAAAGCAGCCACGUCGUGAUCGCAUCCGAGUGGUGCUCGUGGAGCUUCUUCGCUUUAUGAAUCGAGCUCUCCAGAGUAACGAAAAGCUUGCGCUGUCGCUUCCUCUUCCGAAGAUAUCAGCGUUGAUGACAUUAUGCUGCACACUAAUGAAGGAGGAAGAAGAGACCGUGGCACGCAGCGAUGGCAAGACGCCACGACAACUCUUUGGCAACGGUGCCAUCUUGUUCGUGUUGCUGUACGAGAGUUUCCGUCGCCCGGACCUGCCUGCCUCGCUGCCUCAGUUGGUAAACUUGAUCCAUCUCUUGCACGAACGACUCGGGCAGCACGGCAUCUGUGGCUUGACAUACUUCUCUGAAUCGCGGCCUUCAGCGGAUUCUGGCAAAACCUCGUGCUUCCUCGAGUCGUGUACGCUGUUGUUGAGCAAGUUUGUGAAGCAAAACGCGAGCGUUCGGGACGAAGGAAAAUCUAUCAAGAAGUCCGAUGACAGCAGCGCCGAAGAGGAUAACGAGGAAGACGAUGAGGACGGGGAAGAAGCGGAGUAUCGAUUCCAGAAGGAGGUCUGCCAGUGCUACCGUUGUCUGUAUGAUGGGCAAAUUCUGCCGGGCACCGACGAUCACAAGACGGGGGCUACGUUCGCUUCUCUCCAGAAUGCAGAACAAAGUGUCAAGCACGAAGACGCACUGCGGCUCAUUCGCUUCGCUGUACCGAUUCUUCUUGCGACGAAGCCAAAGAACAAUGGCCAGAAGAAAGAGCGACUCAAGCUUCUCUAUGCUGUACGUGACGCUCUCUCCGACUCUGAUUUCGCUGCUCUAUCUGCGCACCCAGCGUCCGUGUCACCGCCAUUGGAGGCGUACCUAGCGCCAAGGGGUCUACUGCAGGAAGAAAUCGCACUCCCAUUCCUUCUGGGCGCUGAUACAGCGCCAAAUUCGGCAGAUGAAGCCUGCUUAGGUCACUUGUGGUAUCUGAUGGGUGCGAACUUCAUCCUUGGGCGGGUAAAGCGUCGAGGAAACCUUGGCGAGCUGAUGGAGAUAGAGCAACAUGUGAGAGAGCGCGUGGAGUUCUUGAUGAAGGACGUGCUGUACUAUCAUCCGGACCGGAUCGACUCGUGGAUUCGUUUGGGAAAGACGAUGAAGGAGCUGUACCACGCGGCAACCGAUGCGUUCGCGGCUGUGCUCGGACGCAAGCUCAGGAUCCAAGCAUUGCGAUGGUACACAGCUAAAAUAUUCGUUGAGAGCUCGUAUCAGCAGGGCGAAGGUCCCGAUAUGCUGUCGUUCCAGAAGGUUGUUUUGGGGUGGAGCUUGUUCAAGAAAAUGAAGGAGUCGCAAGGUAAAGAUUUUGAUGGCCACAAGGCAGCUAGUAAGUCAUCGAAUUCCAAGGAUUCGAAGGAGGAGACAAAGGAGAACACCGACCAAAAUCAAUCUGCUCCAAGCAUCCCCAUCGAGGAGUUCGCAACGACGUAUAUCGUACAAGUGAUCGAGUUCGCUCGACGGUGCUUCGAUAUGGCUGCGCGGCUGGCUGAGGAGGCCGCUAAAACCCACAAGUUAAAGUUGAAAGAGAAGCGUGGCAGUGGUGAUGGAGGAGCAGAGGGCGAAGGAGACGAUGACUUUGACGAGCAGCUGGAUGAAUUGCAGAACAAGCUGAUCGAGUGCAACGAAGAGAGCGGUCUGCUGCUCUACAAUGUGCUGCAGGAGUUCUCUUUGAUGAAGGAGCUGAACGCUGCACUGUUCCCUCUCACGGUAUAUUCGCGAUUACUGGAGAAAGCACUUGUGUACUUCAAGAAGGGGCUAGCGAUUUGUGAGGCGAAUGAAGACGCACACGAAGAUCACUUCCGCCUGCAAUACAUGAUCGGUAAAACCCUGAAGAAACGAAGAUGGUGCGAGCUUCGAAGACAAGACUCAUCGGACCCAGAGGCGCUAGCAACUGCGACUGAAAUGGCGGACUGUUUUGCCAAGGCCGAAGCGGCUCGCAAUGAGGGCGACAGAGAGCACGCUCUCGUUCACGCGUUUUAUUCUCUUCAAGCUUUGCGGAUAGACCUCACUAUCAGCGAGUCGCCGUCGGUGGCUGCACUGCGGUUAGUGUGCGACCACUUCUACGAAGAGGAAAAUGAAGAGGAGGAGAAUGAUGAAGAAGAAGAAGAGCGAGAGAACAAUGACGACGACGAUAGUGAAACCGUCACUUCAACCGCUUCUGAAGACUCGAAGAAGAACGCGAGCUCGAAGACCACCAGUGACUCCAAGAGUGCGAGUUCUACCAGAAAGGAUGAAAUUCUCACUCUUCUCUCCGACGCCAAGAGAGACGAUGACAACCGCGAGCUAAACGUCACUCUAGCACGGGGUUGGCUGGCGCUGAAUAUUAUAGAGGCGCUUGAGUCGAUUCCCGACGAGGAUCGCUACUUCCAUCCGUCCCGGUAUGUGCUGGCGCGUCUGGUCUACUGGUUAUCAACGUUCUACUCAGCUCUUGAGCAGAGCGGAUACAAGGACGACCCCGUUAACUCGCUCCUCGACGCUGUACUGGCUCGUCGGAACGAGACCAAGGUGGAGGGUCCUUCUGAUGCGGCUGCGCGGGCGCUGAAGGAGAUGUCCCCGAUCUUUGACAAGAGGCGUCCUCAAAUUGUGGCGAUCUGGUUCUCCGAGUACAUCCCGUCUGCGAAGAAGUUCGAGGAGCUCAACCAGCGCCAGAUGAAGUACGACUACUACCGCCUCAAGUACUGGCGAUUCUACAUUGCACUACUUCAGGAGAACGAGGCCUACGGGAGGUUGAAGGAGGUGGGCUCCUGGGUGCUCGCCUGCAAGGAAGACCACGACGUGAUUGAUAUCAUGCUCGGCCUACCAGGAGAAGACAGGCCAGUCGACGCACUUCUCAAGCAGCUGGCCAAGACGUACUCGUACUACCUGGAAGUCUCGAAUGCUCAGCAGCGACUCUCUCAGAUCAUGGACGACAGCAGUUUGUUGCUCGAGAACGCGGAGCUCCCGAUGGUGGCCGUGUUCUUCGUCGGAGCCAUCGCGUACCCGCCUGAAAUGCCGCUGCUGGCGAAGGAUACGGUGAUCCUAGACCGCGAAUUCAACGCCAACAUUGCGGUCAUCAAGAACGCGCUACGUCGGGACGAGCUGCCUCCCCGAAUCUACGACGCCCAGGGACGAGAGGCGUGGAAGGCGUACUUAGACGCCUCGCGUUCGUUUUGCGAGGAGAAGUGGCCCGAGCGCUCCGGGAAGGGCAAGCCGACCAAGAAGCACGCGCGACCCAAGGCAGUCGCUGCUGCUCCUACAACAGCAAGCAGCCAGUCUGACGCUAGUCAACCGACGGUGAAUGCAUCGAUUCUAUACAAGCAAGUGGUCCGUCAUCUCUGGAUGCGUCUCUACGAAGAGUGCAGUCCACGGUCCAGCAGCACGCAGUGGAUGUCCUGCUCGACGCGGCGGAUGUGGUCCUGGAUAGCGUCCGGGUCCGUGUCACCCGCGUGGCUCGGGAAUCCCUGUGCACAGCAGCAGCAACAACACGAAGCUAAGUCAAGUAAAGAACAGAUGCAAGCUCUCUUCGGUCACCUGCACCGAUCUAGCGAAUCGGCGGUAGAACUCGCGCAUUCAAACUCGAAGUUGCGGGACGAGUUAGCGAUGGGCGUGACGGGGCUGCUGCCGGUGCUCAAGAGCGUCACGGACCAGGUGCACGUGUCCAAGUACGCGGGCAAGACCGUGGGGGUGGACGCCUCCGGGUGGCUCUACAAGGGCGCGUACAGCUGCCCCGUGGACCUCGUGCUGGGGCGACCGACCGAUGCGUACCUGAACUUCAGCAUCCAGCAGAUCAAACUGCUGCAAGAGCACGACAUCACGCCCAUUUUAGUGUUCGACGGAGCUCCACUGCCUGCUAAAGCUCGGGAGAAUGCUGCUCGUAGCAGGUCCCGAGCGGAGUGGAAGCUCAAGGCUGAGAAGCUGCUGAAGGAGAAGGAGGACGAUCGGGAUGGCCGCGCCGUCUUCUCGGCCUGCACCAGGGCUGUGUCGGUGACCAAUGAGAUGGUCAUGAAGCUCAUCGCGGUGCUGAGGCGGAUGAACAUCACAUUCUACGUUGCGCCGUAUGAGGCGGACGCUCAGCUGGCAUUUUUAUCGAGGCAGAAGAUUGUGGACGUGGUCAUCUCGGACGACUCGGACUGCGUUCCGUACGGAGUCAAGACGGUGCUCUUUAAGUUGAGUCCGGAUGGAUGGGGCAGCGAGCUCAAGAGGAGAAGUCUGGGCGCCAAUGAAGAGCUGUCAUUCGUUGGGUGGACAGAAGAAAUGCUCUGCAUUCUUGCUGGGUGCGACUACUGCCCGUCCGUCAGCGGUGUCGGCAUUAUCAAUGCCUACAAGCUCGUAAGCCAGUUCAAGACCCCGGUUGAGAAGCAGAAGGGGUCAGUGCUCCCUGACAACUUCGAGGAGCAUUACUACUCUGCCAUUCUCACAUACCGCCACCAGCUUGUAUUUGAUCCUCGCAAUGCGAAGCUGAAAAUGUUGAGCCCUCUCGACGUCUCGAAGGGCAUUCUUCCGCGGGUGGACAAGGGCCUCCACUUCCUGGGCAACGUGGAGCUCCGUGAUGACGUCGUAGAGUCCAUCGCUUUGGGUCAGAUUCAUCCAGUCACACACGAAAGCUACGCAUGGAAGGAUACUGCCGCUGCCGUGUUGCUGGAAGAAGAGCGCCAGGCAGCCUCAAAGCCAAGACCAAAGUCGAGUAAAACUCGAUCGUCGACGUCCUCAGAGAGCAGUGGUAUGGCGAUACCUCCUCAACACUACACGGACGAUUCGUCACAAGAAGACCCCAUCGCCAGCUCGACUAGACCACAAGCUUCGACGUCGCGUGUCCGGUACGAAAAGCCUCGACCUUCGUCUCGCUUGUCCUGGACGCACCUCGAUAGCGUAUUGGGCUCGUCCGACCACAUCGUGAACUUCCGGAGCCCGAAGGUGAGCGAGAACUUCAAGCCGUUGGCAGCGUUGCACGAGCCUCCCGCAUCGAUCGGUAGUUCAAGCAUCAACGCGCGCGCUCUCAAGGACUUCGAGAGCCGUCCGGUGCGCAGCCACGUCCAGCGUGUGCGAAACCCCGCCCAUCGGAGACGGGAUGGGAAAGGCAGCCGCUUCGAAGGCGAGGUGCUGUGCAAGGUCGACUCCUCCAGCCUCACCAGCACUGCAGUUCACCACAACACUGCAGCCGCCAACAGUGACGUCGAUCGUCUCACAGAUGAAGAGAACGCUCCACCGCCGCAAGCGAAGCGUCCUCGCCUGUUCGGGUGUCCGUCGCCGCCUCCUUCAUCCCCAUCGUCGCGGGUGUCCGAGGCCAGCAGCCAGAAGCUGCUCGUGCGCCCGACACCUUUCGGCUGCGGUCAGCGACAGCCUCCCAGCCCCACAGCCAGCUGCGUCGGCAGCUUGAAGUGGAGCCUGCCACCUCGCCACUCGCAGCAACAGCGUCGUAGCAUCCUGCCGGCGCCUUCCAAGCGCUACACGUUCACCAUGUCCGCCGAGGAGAAAUGGGACCGCAUCCUAGGCGACGAACUGGACGACACCAACAGCAGCCAGCGCUCCGCUCAAAAUCUGCUCAUCUCGCAGAGUCCUUCCGUGGCUGGCCGGGCCUCGUCGUCUUUGCCGCUGCCUCGCGCCGCUUGCAGGGCGAAGAGCCGUCGUCUCCGCACGGCGUCCUCGUCUGCACUUCUACUGAACGGCGUCGUCGACGCUGCCGCUGCCGCUGGGAUUCCUCCACCUACCCGUCCCGCGCCCAGCACCGCUACAGGCACCGGCACGAACUGGUUGUUCCUCCUGUUGUCGACUGCUAUGGGCACAGGCGCCACCAACGCGGCGCAGGUUGGAGCCUCUCUCGUCACGAAGCUCGUCUCCUCCAUGGACUCUUCCAGCGCGCGCAUCCAGAGCGAGCCCCCUCCGUCGCCGCCGUCCACGCCCCCGCGACGCCCGAAGCGGCCGCGCUGGUAG